AUGGACCCAAACUUUGUGGACAGAAUAGUGAAUGAUGUUCCUAUUGUGAUUGACUGGGUAAUUGGGACUAAAAAUUGCAGUGUGGUUAGAAACUCAACAACUUAUUCAUGUAUGGAACAUAGUCUAUGUAUUGAUUCUGAAAGUCGACGUGGAGGUUAUCGUUGCAUUUGUGAGGAAGGAUAUGACGGAAAUCCUUAUCUUAGUCCAGGCUGUCAAGAUAUCGAUGAAUGUGCAACGAGACCUUGGGAUGGAAUUUGCAAAAACACUCCAGGAGGGUUUGAGUGUUCGUGCCCGAAGGGAUAUUUUGGCGAUGGAAAGAAGGGACGUGGUUGCCAGAAGGAGCAUGAUUUCCCCAUCUUAAAGUUAUCUCUUGGUUUAGGUCUUGGAUUGUUGUCAAUACUGCAAAUGUCAUCCAAUUUAAACAAAGUGUUUACGACAGAAGAGCUUGAAAAAACCACAAACAAUUUCUCAAAAGAUGGGAUUCUUGGAGUAGGUGGAAAUGGUGUAGUUUACAAAGGUGUUCUACCAGAUCAACGCCUUCUAUACCUAUCUUACAUAGAGAUCAAAUCCGCUAAUAUUCUAUUAGAUGAUUAUUAUACAACAAAAAUUGUUGAUUUCGGAGCAUCCAGGUUAAGACCUUUUGAUCAAGCUGACAUGAGUUCACUAAUUAUACCGGGUUAUCUACACCCUAAAGCUAUACAAAUGGGAUUGUCAGAUAAGAAUGAUGUUUAUAGUUUUGGUGUAGUACUUGCAGAGUUGUUAACAGGAUGA